AUGCCAAUCUUCUCAACACAAAAUCAUCGCGAUUCCAACUUCGCACCAAAUCACAUACAGGAAGAACAACAAACAAACAAGAUGGGGCCCAAGAGACGACAACCACAGGACCCAAAAAAACCCGGUCGGAAGCCACGAGCAAGGAAAAAGGAGCCCGUGCGCUCUCCUGUACAGCUUGCAAGUCAACUGGAGUUGAUUGAGGCCGCCCACGCAGUUCUAGACCACAAUCAAUCGAGUCAGCUGCGAUCACAAAUGAGUCUGAUUCUUCACAAACCGAACCGAUUGACGGAGAUGAUCCGGAAUAACAGCUCGCAAGACUCUAGCAGACGAAGACUGAGUUUCGAGAAGGACGAUGGGUUCAAAUAUAAACGCGGACUGCAACAAAGUGACCGACGGAACGGAGCCAUGGAACGUUUAGAACGGGAAGUGAGGCAGCUUGAGGAAGAAUAUGACGAUUUAGACGGUGUUAAUUCGGUGGUUGUUCCAAAGAAACGUCAACAAAGGCCCAAAACUGCUGCUACUAGAGGUAGAAAGCCAACGACUCAAAAGCUUCUGCGCACCGAAAAUCUCAAGAAACAACCCCAGCUUUCGUCGCCCAUCCGGCUGCCCAAGUUUGUGACUGAAAUUCCGGACGAUUUCUCAUCGGACGAAUAUGUGGAGCAGGUAUCCCACGAGCGGAUCCAGCUUGCUGGACCUUCCAAGCGAUCGAAGCCGGGCAAUCGUAGACGAUCGUCUUAUUAUAAUCGAGGUAAACGAUUAUCGUCGAUUGGCAAUGGAUUUGAAGGAUUACCACACGACGAUGUGAGUCCCAGCGACUACUACAAACUAUUAAAUUCUGAUCUUCCUGAGCCUCAGCGAAUGCGCCAACUAUUAGUUUGGACCAUGCGAAAACGACUUCAGGAAGAGGAUCAACGAACCUCCAACGACGACCAAACAGUGGUUAACAUUGCAAAAGUCAUCAAGGACGAGGUACUACAGCAGUUGGUACUGGGGGAAAUAAACGUAAACUGGUAUAAUCGGGGAGACGACAAUGAAGAUAUACCUGAAAUCACCUUGCCCAAUCCACUCAACAUCCAAAACGAAAAGAACCUAGCCACGUUCAAGAACAAACUACAAGACCUUAUAAACGAGCAGCAGCAGUGGCGCACCAGCUACCAAAAGGCCAUUGCGCCUCUUGAACAAUCUAAAAUCAAAGACACUGAUGUCGCAUUGGACCCAUCUACGGCAUCGACUUACGAUUCAACGGUACUCGAAGGCACUUUACUUGACGACCUCGAGAAAUUCUCUCAUGAAAUCUCAUCACAUCAGGUAGCACACGAGGUGGAAGCGGCCGUCGAUAAAUUAUAUCAUAAUUCGUAUCGACUAGACCGGGCUCUGGAACUUGUGGGGAAACUUCAACAUCAACAAUUCAACCCGCAACUUUCACAACUUCUCAAGAAGUAUAUGAGCAAACCAACAAACCCAGCCCCAACUACAAAGCAGUUACUUCGAGGACUCACAAGAAUCCCACAAGACUAA